GGAGGGCGGAACCCGGCACGGAGUUCGGAGGGACCGGGCUGGGCUGGGACGGGCCGGGAGGUCGCGGCUGGCACAGCGGCUGGCGCGCAGGCCCGGCGGGGACGCGGGGCGGCGGCGGGGACUGCGGAGGUGAGGCGGGAGCCCAGGCGGGCGGCGUAACCGGAGGCGGAGGGGGCGGAGUCGCGCCCGCAGCUGCGACCCGGCCGCCUGGCCCAGGCAGUCUACACCGCCCGCGGCCGGGCACGCCGUGCGCUCAGACCCUGCAGACAAUGCUCCGCGGCGCCUGGCCGACCGGAGGACGCCUCGGCCACCGACCGCAACGCCGGGACAGCGCAGCCCCGAGAAAGGUGCUCAGGAACCUACCUCUACCUCCCACAAGACCUUGCCAGAGAGCUGGACACAAGAUGAACCUGUACCCUAUCAGCUCACAAUGCUCCAGACCAUUCGAUUGAACCCUGAGAGCCCCAAAAUGUCUGCGUGCAGUGACUUUGUGGAGCACAUCUGGAAGCCCGGGUCCUGCAAGAACUGCUUCUGCUUGCGGAGUGACCACCAGCUAACAGCUGGCCAUCCCCAGCCCAGAGCAGGCAACCUGCCCUCUGUGCCUCGGCUGCCCCCCAGACCUGAGAACUACCGUCCAGAAGAUGAAGGUGUGAAUGGCUCUGCCUACUCGAAACCCACCAUCGCUGUGAAGCCCACCAUGAUGAGUUCUGAGGCCUCUGAUGUAUGGACUGAGGCCAGCCUGAGUGCUGAAAUCCCACAGGUCAUCUGGAGACGAGCCCCCGGCAAGCUUCCAAUCCCAAAGCAAGAAGAUGCAUCAAUAGUUUACCUGGGCAGCUUCCAUGGUAUGCAGAAGCCUGCAGGUCCUUCUACCUGCACAGAUGGCAGCUCUUGCUGCCCUCCAUCCUAUACCAUGAUCGGACUGCAUAGCCUAGAGGCUCGAGGGGAAAGGAACACUGCCUUCCACCCAGUGAGCACUCAGGAGAAGGCAGGACGGGAAGAGAAACCAUUUCUCCACCAAGAGCCGCCCUCAGCUCAGGAGAGCUUCCGUCAGAAGCUAGCUGCCUUUGGGGGGAUGACAUCUAACUGUCACAAGGGCACCAGGCCCUGCCCAUCUCCACAGCCUUUGCGGGAGUCCCUGCCCUCUGAGGAUGACAGUGACCAAAGAUGCUCACCCUCUGGAGACAGUGAAGGUGGAGAGUACUGCUCCAUUCUGGACUGUUGCCCAGGGACCCCUGGUGCCAAGGAUGCCGUGCAUGCCACCAAGGGCUCUGGCAGACAUGGAGGGGACUGCUCACCCAUGAGCUGGGAGCAGGAGACAUGUGCAGGGUCAACAGAGGAGGAGAAACGAGUCCUGAGUUUCCCCAGGGAGUGUUGUGGCCAGGGCCCCACAGUGAACCCACCUCGCCUGGGCCCCAAGAAGCCAUCCCUUAACUCAGAGGCUGCCAAUUCUUCAGAUGGCCUGUCUUGUGGUGGUGGCAGCAGUGGGGCCAGCAGCCCCUUGGCUCCCCACCUUGAGAGUGAUUACUGCUCUCUUGUGAAGGAGCCAGCUCCUGGGAAGCAGCAGGACUCGAGCUGCCGGAUGUACACUUCUAGAAAAUGUGUGGGGCAGCCUGGGGAACUCCAUCCCCCAGCCCACCCCAGGGAAGCUGUGCAACCAGAACCCAUCUAUGCUGAAAGUACCAAAAGGAAGAAGGCAGUCCCUGUGCCUUCCAGGCCCCAGGCCAAGGCAGAAGAGGCAGCAGCUGCUCAGGGCCAAGGCCAAGUAUGGGCAGGUGAUGCCUGGGCUCAGAAAACACCCUCUGGUUGGGGUCGGGAGAAGGAAGGCUCAGAAGUGGUUCCCCAGGUGGCGGCCACCAUCACAGUCAUAGCUGCCCACCCAGAAGAGGACCAUCGGACCAUCUACCUGAGCAGCCCUGACUCUGCAGUGGGUGUGCAGUGGCCACGUGGGCCUCUGAACCAGGACUUGGAGGUUGGUCAAGAGGAAUCACCAGCUGCACAGGGACUGAGUACCAAGGAAAGCCAUUCUCAUAAUGUAACUGAGAACACGCCCAAAGGAAGGCCAGCUAUUCCUCCCAAGCUGUCCAAGAGCAGCCCUGGAGGGUCCCCAGUGUCACCAUCAGCUUCCCCUCUGACUGACCUUAGCGAUGGGAGUUCUGGUGGCAGCAGCACGGGACCCCAGCUGUCAUCUAGAGUCCCUGCUGACCCUACUUCUUCCUGCCAGACCAAUGGCAUUGCUGUCAGUGACCCUGCCAAGUGCCCCCCACCCACCGCCUCCUCCUCAGCCUUGGACCAGAGGCGGCCAAGAUACCACACUGGUACCUGGAGUCGGCAGUGUAGGAUAGAGGAAGAGGAGGAAGUAGAGCAGGAAUUGUUGACUCAAAGUUGGGAGAUAGAGGUAGAAAAUGGCGCCUUGGACCGUUCAAACUCCUCUACCUGGCACCAUCUCCAUCCCACUGAUGGCUCCUCUGGGCAGAACAGCAAAGUCAGCACUGGAAUGAGCAAAUCUGCAUCUUUUGCAUUUGAGUUUCCCAAGGACAGAAGUAGGAUGGAUGCAUUCUCCCCUCCUCCCCCACCUCCAAAGUCACGGCACCUGCUAAAAAUGAACAAAAGCAGCUCUGAUUUGGAAAAAGUGAGCCAGAGCUCUGCAGAGAGCCUCAGCCCAUCCUUCAGAGGGGUCCAUGUCAGCUUCACCACAGGUUCCACGGACAGCCUAGCAUCAGACUCCAGGACCUGCAGCGAUGGAGGUCCUUCCUAUGAGCCUACCCACUCGCCCAGCAUCAGUGGAAAGCAGCUCUUUGCUCCUGUCCCUUUGCUUUCUGGCUCUACGGAAGAUGUGUCCCCCAGUGGUCCUACACAGCCUCCUCCCCUGCCCCAGAAAAAGAUAGUGAGUCGUGCAGCCUCUUCACCCGAUGGCUUUUUCUGGACCCAAGGUUCUCCCAAGCCACGAACAGCAAGUCCUAAGCUGAACCUAAGCCACUCAGAGACCAAUGUCUGUGUUCACGAUGAGUCUCCCUUUAGCUAUUCCUUGAACUCUGGGAACCACUCCCACCAUGCCUUCUCUUCUGAGCCUCUGGAGAAAGCUUUUAAAGGCAGUGUCUCCUGGACCCCAGCCCUGGGGUUGGUGGGCAGCAAAGGUGGCUGCGGGAGUCCCAGUCUCCAGUGCAGAGCAGCUGCCUCCACCUCAUCCUCCCAGCUGAGUGUGUCCAGCCAGGCCUCCUCCAACAGCACCCAGCUUCAGCUGCACAGCCUACUGAGCAGCAUCAGUAGCAAAGAAGGCACCUAUGCCAAGCUGGGGGGCCUCUACACACAGUCCCUAGCCCGUCUCGUGAUCAAGUGCGAAGAUCUCUUUAUGGGCCGCCAGAAAAAGGAGUUGCAUUUCAAUGAAAAUAACUGGUCACUCUUUAAGCUGACUUGCAACAAGGCCUGCUGUGACUCAGGGGAUGCCAUUUACUACUGUGCCACCUGUUCUGAAGACCCAGGCAGCACCUAUGCUGUGAAGAUCUGCAAAACCCCUGAACCCAAAACAGCCUCCUACUGCAGCCCCUCUGUGCCGGUGCACUUUAACAUUCAGCAAGACUGCGGCCACUUCGUUGCCUCAGUGCCCUCCAGCAUGCUCACCUCCACUGACACCUCCGUCAAGGAUCCUCUGCCUGCCCCACCCCCACAUCCCCCUGCCCAGGAGCAGGACUGUGUGGUGGUCAUCACCCGAGAGGUGCCGCACCAGACAGCCUCGGACUUUGUGCGGGAUUCGGUGGCUACCCAUCGGGCGGAGCCUGAGGUUUAUGAGCGGAGGGUGUGUUUCCUGCUUCUGCAGCUCUGCAAUGGGCUUGAGCAUCUGAAGGAGCACGGCAUCAUCCACCGGGACCUGUGCCUGGAGAACCUGCUUCUGGCGCACUGCAGCCCCCAGGGCUCCCCCGGGCCCUCCUCUACAGCCCCAGCCAUCACCACCAGCACAUCUUGGUGCCCCUCUGGCCUGCCCCCAGCUGCCCUUACCUGUCAGGGAAGGCCUGGUGAGAAGCAACUUCCCAGGCUCAUCAUCAGCAACUUCCUCAAAGCCAAGCAGAAGCCAGGCAGCACCACCAACCUGCAGCAGAAGAAGAGCCAGGCCCGGCUAGCUCCCGAGAUCGUGUCUGCCUCCCAGUACCGCAAGUUUGAUGAGUUCCAGACAGGCAUCCUCAUCUAUGAGCUGCUCCACCAACCCAACCCAUUCGAGGUGCGGGCACAGCUGCGGGAGCAAGAUUACCGGCGGGAGGACCUACCGCCACUGCCCACCUUGUCUCUCUACUCUCCCGGCCUGCAGCAGCUGGCCCACCUGCUGCUCGAGGCCGACCCCAUCAAACGCAUACGCAUCGGAGAGGCCAAGAGGGUGCUGCAGUGCUUGCUGUGGGGACCCCGACGGGAGCUGGUGGAGCAGCCAAGCAUCUCAGAGGAGGCACUGUGCAGCACGCUGCACAACUGGAUCGACAUGAAGCGGGCCCUAAUGAUGAUGAAGUUUGCAGAGAAAGCUGUGGACCGAAGGCGGGGUGUGGAGUUGGAGGACUGGCUUUGCUGUCAGUACCUGGCGUCCGCAGAACCAGGGGCCCUUUUGCAGUCGCUGAAGCUCCUGCAGCUUUUCUGAGUCCACAGCCCCCCUACUUCCACCGCCCCCUUCCAUGCCUACCCCUUGCCUUUACCUUGCCUGGAUGCGGGUCACCCUGGGAUAUGGUACAAAUGACUGUCAUACUUGGAUGUAAUAUUUUAUAUAUAUACAUAUAAUAUAAAUAUGAAAGACUGGGAUGUCAUUUCACACGCUAGCCCUCUCUCCUCAUUAAGCUUCCAUUCUCCGUCCAUUUUCUCCUCCUGUAAUUAUUUACAUUCCUAGCUCCUGGCAGGGUCCUGAGGAUCGUUCUGCCAACAGAAUGAAGCCUGGACUCCAGCCUCAUGGCACCAUUGUGGAGUCUCAUCCCCUUUUGUCAAAAU